CAGGCAGGCAGGCAGCGCUGCAGCCGCCCCUCAGCCCGCUCUGCGGCUUCCCUUCGGUGCCUGAGCAUGGGGACCCCGCGAGUCCCCAUGCGGACGGCGCUGUUCCAGAGCGAGAGGAGUGGCCUGACCUACCGCGUGCCCGCGCUGCUGCCCGUGCCUCCCGGGCCCACCCUGCUGGCCUUCGCGGAACAGCGGCUCAGCCCUGAUGACGCGCACGCCCACCGCCUGGUGCAGAGGCGCGGCACGCUGGCAGGGGGCUCGGUGCGGUGGGGCGCCGCGCUGGUACUGGGCACUGCGGCCCUGGAGCAGCACCGGUCUAUGAACCCCUGUCCAGUGCACGACGCGCGCACCGGCACCGUCUUCCUCUUCUUCGUGGCCGUGCGAGGCCAAACCCCCGAGGCUGCGCAGAUCUCCACAGGCAGGAACGCGGCGCGCCUCUGCUGCGUGACUAGCCAGGACGCGGGGCGCACGUGGGGCCGAGUGCGGGACCUCACGGCGGAGGCGGUGGGCGGUGCUGAGCGAGACUGGGCCACGUUUGCUGUGGGCCCCGGCCACGGCAUCCAGCUGCCCUCGGGCCGCCUGCUGGUGCCGGCCUACACCUACCGCGUGGACCGGCGUGAGUGCUUUGGCAGGAUCUGCAGGACCAGCCCCCACGCCUUUGCCUUCUACAGCGACGACCACGGCCAGACCUGGUGCCACGGCGGCCUCGUGCCCAACCUGCGCUCGGGCGAGUGCCAGCUGGCUGUGGUGGACGGAGGGUGGGCUGGCAGCGUCCUCUACUGCAACGCCCGGAGCCCCCUGGGCAGCCGCGUGCAGGCCCUCAGCACGGAUGACGGCACCUCCUUCUUGCCGGGAGAGCUGGUGCGCGCCCUGCCCGAGACCGCUCGGGGCUGCCAGGGCAGCAUCCUGGGCUUCCCAGCCCCACCCCCCAGCGGUCCUGGCGACGAGGGGUGGCCAGAGGGCUCCAGGGUGACCUCCUUUCCUUUGAACCUCUAUGCUGGAGCCCAGGAGCCCCCCAAAGAGGGCUCCGGAGACACCCGAGGGGGUGGGGGGCUGGGCAGGACAGAGAAGUGUGGGCAUGGCCCAGGGGACCCUGGUCCCAGGGGGCCUCGUCCGGGGCCUGGGUUCCAUGGGGACAGGAGGGACUGGGCUCCCCAGCGCCCCAGCCCCCCUGCCACCUUGGCUCAGAGCCCCACGUGGCUGCUGUAUUCCCACCCGGCGGGGCGCAGGGCUCGGCUGCAUAUGGGUGUCCGUCUGAAUAGGUCCCCCCUGGACCCCCACAGCUGGACAGAGCCCUGGGUGAUCUACCAGGGCCCCAGUGGCUAUUCGGACCUGGCGUACAUCGGGCCGACCCCGGAGGGCGCCCUGACCUUCGCCUGUGUGUACGAGAGUGGAGUCAGGGUGUCCUACGAGGAGAUCUCCUUCUGCGUGUUCUCCCUGCGCCAGGUCCUGCAGAACGUGCCUGCAGGCCCCGGGCCGCGCGGCCCGGGGGGCAAGCCUCGGGCCCAGUGCUGGCCCUCCUGAGGAGCCCUCCCACUAGGCCUGGCCCGGGUGCCCAGAGGCCUGGAUAGAACUCUGGGGCACCCCACCCCCUGCCAGAGGCGCCUUCGCCCCUUGGCUUCUUCACGCAGCGUCUUGGGCGGGGGGGUGUUCGUGAAGGACCCCGUGCAAAGACACGGAGGCUCAGUUUUAAUACUUUCAGAUCAGCAGG